CUCAUGCACGCACCUACUGUCAUCUGCUCAAAUUAAACACUACUUUGGGUUUUCACUACACACCUUGCAUUAGAGAGGCUGCUAUGUAAUUUCACUUGAUUAGCGAAAGAACUGUGUCACCGGAUUUAAAGCAGAAGAACAGAAUGCUUUUAUGAUCAGAAUCAUGAGGGGGGAAAGUGGGAAAAAUGAAGCUUCUCUUUAAUUUACUCUUGGUGGUCUUGAUUAUGCUCGACAAUGAUCAUACGCAAAUGCUGAAAGACGGUGACAGAGCGCUCGCUGCUGGCUCAUUCAAACUGGACUGUCUGCGUUUCAAGAAGCGCAAGGAAGUCACAAGACAUUGCGAUCACUAGAUUAUGAGGUAUUUUCGGUGUUGGAUCAGAUUUAGAGUCAGUGAUGGAAGGAGAUUCAGUCACUCUAAUCACUGGUGUUAAAACAAACCAACAAGAAGAUAUUAGAUGGUAUUUUAAUGACAUUCGAAUAGCAGAAAUCAGUGGAGAUCUCAGUUACAGUUGUACAGAUGUUCAGUGUAAUGAAGGUAAUGAGAGAUUCAGAGACAGACUGACGCUGGAUCAUCAGACUGGAUCUCUGACCAUCAUGAACACCACAAACACAGACUCUGGACUUUAUGAACUGAAAAUGAUCAGCAGCAGAAUCAGUGGGAAAAUUUUCAAUGUUACUGUUCAUGGUCUUUCUGCUGCUGAACGAGAUGAAGUGAAGAGAAAGUCAGUGAAGGAGGCAGAAUCUCUCACUUUAGAUCCUGGUGUAAUAAAAAAACAAAAUUAUUUAAUGUUGUGGUAUUUUAAUGAUACUCUCAUUGCUGAAAUCAGUAAUCUCAGUUAUAACUGUACAGAUGAUCAGUGUAAAGAUGGUGAUGAGAGAUUCAGAGACAGACUGAAGCUGGACAAUCAGACUGGAUCUCUGACCAUCAUGAACACCAGAAACACAGACUCUGGACUUUAUGAACUGAAGAUUAUCAUCAUCAGGAACAGCAGCUUCAGCAUCACCAGAGUGAAGAGAUUCAAUGUUACUGUCACUGCUGUUCCAGAUUCAGGUUUGUCUUCAGGUGUAAAAGCAGGAAUAGUUGUUGGUGUUCUGCUGCUGAUGACUGCAGCUGUUGGUGUGAUUUACUAUCGCCACAAGAUGUACACACCAGUACAACAGAAUGUAAUUACAUGCUGAUUUAACAAUAAAUAUGAGAUUUACAGUGCAAAAAAAAAAAAAAAAAACCUCUAAAAGAAAAGUGGUAUGAAAUAUAUUUUUAUAUAAUUAUAUAAUUAUAAUUCUGCAUGCAAACAUAAAUGUAAACUGUGAAUAGUCAUUUUUGUCCUUUAUUAUUUAACACAGUUCAACAGUGAGGCAGUGUCAAAAAAAAAAAA